AUGCUCCUGCUGAAGAUGAGAGGGAGGUGCAGGGGAUUAGGAUGGUGAGGUGUGCAGGGGAGCUAAAUCCGUGCCUUUUUCUUUAAUGCAUCUUUGCCAUCAUCUCCUCGUUGUUGCAAUAAAUAAGAGCUCCAGGGUGUUUGUAGAGAGAGAAAGUGCUUGUGUCGAGGGUAGAGAGAGAGAGAAAAGGUUGAGAAGAAUCAGAUAGGUUAAAUUUAUAUAUACAUAUAAUAAAGAAUAGAUACACUUGGAGUUGGAGUUACACAUUAUUCUCUCUCUCACUCACACUCAGAGUGCUAGACAACGCUCACAGCGGGGGAGAGAGAGACAGAGAGAGAAAGAUAUGGAGGAUCUCGAGGAGGAAGAGAACGUAGCGGAGGAGGUGUUGGGGUCAAGCUUGACUAUGGAGAAGGUGGCGGCGGCGAAGAAGUUUAUUGAGAAUCAUUAUAGGGCUCAGAUGAAGAACAUCCAAGAGAGGAAGGAGAGGCGUUGGGUGGUGGAGAGAAAAUUAGCAUCUUCGGAUGUGCCAAAUGAGGAGCGGAUCAAUCUUAUCAAAGAUUUAGAGAGGAAGGAUGAAUAUAUGCGAUUGAAAAGGCACACAGAUUUGUGUUAAUGAUUUGAACUUUUGACCAUCAUUGGAAGGAGGGCUUUUGGGGAGGUCAGACUGUGUCGGGAGAAGAAAUCUGGAAAUAUUUAUGCUAUGAAAAAGCUGAAGAAAUCUGAAAUGCUUAGGAGAGGCCAGGUGGAACAUGUUAGAGUGAGAGAAUUGCUGGCUGUAGGUUGCCAGUCAUUGCAUUGUGAAGCUUUACUAUCAUUUCAAGAUUGCUGGGUAGUACUUGCUACUUGAUUAUGGAGUACUGCCUGGGGGGGGCAUGAUGACACUGCCUGAUGAGGGAAGACACCCUUAAGUGAAAUGUGUGCUAGAUUUUAUAUUGCACAAAGUGUUAGGCCAUAGAAUCUAUCACAAACACAAUUACAUUCACAGAGAUAUUAAACCUGAUAACCUACUUCUGGAUAAAAAUGGUCACAUGAAGCUCUCUGAUUUUGGUCUCUGUAAGCCUCUCGAUUGUAUUGCCUUGUCUACACUGCAUGAAAAUCAGACCAUCGGAUGAUGAGACAUGGCAGAGCCAAUGGAUGUUGAUGGAUGUUGCGUGAUGCGGACAAUCGGAGCAGCUGGAGAGAAGUCUCGGUGAACAACUUCAGCAUUGGCAGAUGAACAGGAGGAAGUUGGUAUGCUUUAGUAUUUAAACCCCAAGAAGAUAUUUUCAUAGAGAUGGUCCUAACUUUCUUCUAUGACACUCAUGUCUCUGUAUUUGGUUUCAUAGUCUGGGUUUGGAUUCUGUGGUCUAAAUCAAAACCUGCAUUGAUAUUAGAAGAUUCCUUUUCUUCUUUGAAUGAUACAAAAGUAAACAGAGCCUUAGAAUCUGAAACUUAUGUGUCUAUUUGUUUGGAGGGGGGGUGGGGUGAGGGAUAAAAUUUUCAGGAGUUCUUUAAGGAAAACAAUGUCUUUGAAGGCAUCCUAACUCCACACUUUUAUAUUUUGAAUGUAUGAAAAGGCGGCGGAGGUUUAAAAUUUUUUAAGCUAGGUCCUGAUUAAAUUGUAAAAU